ACAUAUGCGCCGAUCUCUCGGCUCUUCCCAUCUUCUCUCUCGCGCAGUUGUCCGUCUGUCCGAUCAGUUAAAUUUACAUCUCUCUCUCUCUCUCUCUCUCGUUUGCCACUUGUUCUCGAUAUAUGCGCGUAUAUACUGCACACAUAUGUGUAUAUCCUUCUCCGCUGUCUUCCGUCUCCGCUUAUUUUUUUCGAACACUUCGUAUCGGUAUGCGCUCCAAAAUCUGCAACAGUAUAGAGGAGAAAUUUUUAAAAAAUAUAAAGACACUACAAUCGCAUACGCUAUCCUUACAGCCGAGAACAUCGGCUAUCCACACACACACACACACACGUGCACACAGGCGGCAUUAUAUGCGCGAAGGAGUAUAUAGCAGGAGAGCUCGCAUAAGAGCAAAGAGAAAAGAGGGGUAGCUCUCUACUCUCUCGCGCGAGCUGACCGCAUAUACGGAGCCUUUCCUCAUUCAGUCAAGUCAGUCAGUCUCAGCGAGCCGAGUCUGCUGCACACGCGCUCCUGUGCUCCACUAAAAAAUAUCGGCGACGAUCGGUAUACAAUAUUUUCUCUUCACCUCUCGCUUCCGAAGAUCGGUAUUACAACAAGCGCAGCGCGUGUGAGUGCGAAAACGAGUGUAUAAUAGUCUCUCUCUCUCUCUCUCUCUGUCUCUCGGGUACAAUACUGGAAAUAUAAUAUGCAGCGGCGGGCUGGGCCGACCCUGGCCUCGGCGGCGCUCGUUCUGAUCGUUUUGCUCAGCGAUUACAAUUGCGAGGCCAGACACCGGCGGACCGGCAACGGACACAAGCCCGACGGAGACAUGACACUCUGGAUCGAUCGACAGCAGAUCAAGAUGUUCAGUGGUGUCGAAAUGGAAAUCUACGCGAUAGACGAGGGUCGAGUGGUGCCGUACCUGCUGGACCCGGAGUUCGAGAGCAAGCUGCCUAUAAUCCCUAACGAGGUGUCCUACGUCAACUUCACCUGGAAGUCUGGCGUGAAGAAAUACAACUACGACUUCUAUCUGCUCAAGUCGUUCGACGAGUCGAUACUGAAGACGCCCUCGAUCACGAUUAACAAGAAGGGUCGGGUGCCCAGACGGCAGAAGGAAUUCAGCGUGCUGCUGCCGUGCUCGGGCAACAAUUCGGGAGUCGCGCAAUUCAGCAUUGGUCUGAUGAUCGAGACGCGCAAGAACAAGCCGCUGAACGGGACACCCCUGCGGCUCAGCCUGAGAAAAGAAUGCGCCGUGCGCGGUGAGUGCGUCAGUCGCGCCCACGAUCACCACUUCUCCACUCACACAUACAAGCCGAAUCCAGGCCCGUGUCCGGACGGCUACAUGGGACCACCGCAUUGCAAAAAAGCCCUGUGCUAUCCCAACUGCAUGAACGGCGGCAACUGCACGGCGCCUGGAGUCUGCUCGUGUCCUCCAGGAUUUCAAGGACCCUACUGCGAAGGAGGUAUCUGUACAGAAAAAUGCUUGAACGGUGGAAAGUGUGUCCAGAAGGACACAUGCGAAUGCCCUAAGGGUUUCUUUGGACUGAGAUGUGAAUUUUCCAAGUGUGUCAUCCCAUGCUUGAACGGAGGAAAAUGUAAAGGCAAUAAUAUUUGUCGUUGCCCAACCGGCUUCAAAGGUAAUCAUUGUGAAAUUGGCAGAAGAUCGCCGCAGCGCUCGGCUUGUACAAAGCCUUGCAGAAAUGGUACAUGCCAGCCAGACAACACAUGUCAUUGCGAACCAGGAUGGUUUGGAAAAUUGUGCAAUAAAAAUAAACCAUGGGCUUGAAAGGCUCGGUCUUGCCAUGUUGCGGUAUUACUCACUGACAUAAUCUCUAUGUAAACAUGACCUGCAUCUAAAGCGGUGACAGUCAAAACGUUGUAUUCAGUAUUAUUUACAUUGAAAGUCCAAAAAUUGAAUGGUGAUUGUUAUUUUUUGACAUUUGGCGAUGAAAAAAAAAAAAAUUGAAAGACUCUGGGCUCAGCUUG